AGAAAAAACAUUUAAUGACGUAAAUUUACUGAUUGCUCUAAACGCUCAUCAGUAAAACAUUUCGAAUUCCUCCUGUUUACUGAUAGGAAGGAAUUCGUAAUAUAACUGAAUAAAUUUAGCUAUACGUAUACUUUAGUUUUACUGGUAUUGGGUUGCAAGUUUAAUCAUGCUUGUUUUUUAAUAAUCCAAACCCUAUCUGUAAGUCCCACUCAUGAUUAAACAAGAAGCUCAAAAAGUUACAGUCAUUUUUUUAAGGUUGCGAUUCUUGGAGGUGCUUUAUAAUUUGUUCCUUUGUGGUUUAGAAAUCAAUUUAUUCAUUACAAAAAUCGAAACAUAAAAUUGAAUUUUAGAAAAUUGAAAAAAUACGAUGGAAAUUCCAACAAUAUUUUUCCCCAAACACAUUAUGUUGCUUUAGUUUUGUCAUCCUCCUUUUUUUGUUUACAAGUUUUUAUAAUUUUAUUUUUUUUUAACAAAAGAUUACAGAAAAAUAAAACUUUAAAAAACAAUGAAGGUCUUUUAAUUAACCCUCUUGUUUUGAAUAUAAACAAACAAAAUCAUGUGUUCAAUGACGUGGAGUGAUUUUCUUAAUAGUGCUAAUCAAUUUAUAAAACUCUCGAAAGCUUAUCAAGAUAACUGGAAUUUAGUUGAAAAGGACAAUACUGAAGGGAAUACAUAUUUAGUAUAUAAGCAAAAAAUCAAAAUCAAAAUCCCUGAAGUUAAAGAAACAAGUAGUGAUCUAACAGAUUUUGAUAUUGAGGAGCUUAACCGGGAUGAUGCGUCAACUGUAGACGCAGAUAAAAUUGAAGAAUUAUUCGAAAUUGAAUACCAUGUUGUCUACAGUACAAGUUAUCAAGUUCCAGUUUUAUAUUUUAGAGGCAGCAGAAGUGAUGGGAAACCAAUUGGCUUAGAAGACGCCUGGAAUAUAUUUCAAAAUCCAUCAGGUGACAGUAGGUCACGAUCAGAUAUGUUAUCAACCCUAACACAGUCCGAUCAUCCAGUGCUAUUCACACCGUUUUUGGGAUUACAUCCUUGCCGGACAGCCGAACUACUCAACCAAAUGGGAGUUAGCGGAAAUUCAAUUUUAACAUUCUUAAGCUUAAUGGGUCCGUUUGUGAAAUUAAAUUUGAAAAAUGAAUAUGGCUUAGAUUUUAAGCAAUAAACUUACAGCGUUUACAUUUAUGUCCAUUCAGUUGUGAUUCCGGGAAUACG